UUUUUGUGAGAAACACGUUUUGCGUUUGCAUUCUUUUAAAUAAAAUAACCAUGAGCGAGGACGGCAAGAAGUGCCAACUGGAUGAGAUACAGCUGCUGCUGAUCGAGCGCAUCUCCAAGAAUGACACGAACGGCUUCAAGCAGCUGCUGGGACAGCUAAAAGGCGGCGUCAACUUUGUGGACGACAGUGGAAUGUCGAUUUUGGCGCACGCCAGUUUCAAGGGUAACAAGGAAGUGGUGCAACUGCUGCUGGACAUGGGUGCAGACAUUCAUCUGAAUCAACACGGCGCUGAUUAUACGCCGUUGCACUUUGCCGCCUUGUCCGGCAACACGCAGGUUUGCCGGAUACUCCUGGAUGCUGGCAUCAAUCCCAACAGUAUAAACAGCGUAUCUCGCACUGCCUCGCAGAUGGCCGCCUUCGUGGGCAAUCACGCUUGCGUGGAGACCAUCAACAACUACGUGACAUGUUCCGGUUUGGAGUACUACACACAGCUGCACGGACAGCAGACGGAGCCGCACAUUCCGCCCGUACUGCUGAAGUCCUUUCACACCUUUGUCACGGAGAUCAAUCUGCAUCCAGUUCGAAUUACACUUAAUGCACAAUCGCUGGGUCUGCUGAAGAUACUGCCCAAUCUCCGCAAGGCUUUGGUGCUGAUGUGCGAGAAGGAGAUGCAAAAGACACACGACAUCAACGAACUGAUGGCAUUUAAAUUCCACUAUUUGGGCUGGAUUGUGGGGGAGUUGUUGCGCUGCGAGGAGCAGUUCAAGGCACAGCACAAGGACAAAUCCGCCGAAGGAGAUUCCAGCACUAAAGGCGACUUCAUCGAGGUCUUCGUUAAGCGUGUGCUCAAGGAAAACAAGCUGGGACAACUGGACUACGUCGAAUUUACAGUGCGCGAGUGUGCACGGGAAUUCCCCUUCCGCGAGUGCACGGUGUUCCGGCAAAUAGCCACGCAACUGGGAGCCAAGGAUGCACCGCCAGCAUUGGUCAUCCUACGUAAUGCCAUCAAUGGAAUGCGUGGCUUUGUGGACGAGACGAGCUACUGCAGUUCCUGUGGCCAGGAGAAGCCCGACAAGAAGUGCUCCAAGUGCAAGGCGGUGCAGUACUGCGAUCGGGAGUGCCAGCGUCUCCAUUGGUUCAUGCACAAGAAGAGUUGUCCACGUUUGUUGGCCGCCGUCUUGGCGGGAGCAGGCUCAAAGGAUCAACCCAAGGCGCCCAUUGAUGCUUCCGAGUUGCGCGAGGAGCUGGCCAAAUUGUCAGCCUAAGGUUGCAGGCGCAAUAUUUAACUGCAAUUUAAUAAUAAACUUAUUCAGAAGUGUCGAAAAUCA